AUGCAGCUGUUACGCCUCGGUCUGCUAGUUGCUUCUUUCGCUGCCUCCAUUGGAGCGCAGUCCACGUUCUCGCCCGCUCGCCCUCCAUCUCUCCCACUUGCUGUUCGGUCCCCGUAUCUGAGUACCUGGCUCGAUGCUGGCAGCGAUGGUGGAAAUGGAGGAUACCUCGCUGGUCAAUGGCCCGUCUUUUGGCAAAACCAGGUCAAUGGAUGGGCUGGUAUGGUUCGUGUCGAUGGCGAGACCUACACUUGGAUGGGUCUCCCUGGCACCACUACUGUCAACCAGACUGCGUUCGAGUACACUUCGACAAAGAGCAUCUUUACCAUGAACGUUGCGGGCAAGCUGGAGAUGAACAUUACAUUCCUUUCGCCUAUUACUCCCGCUGAUUACAAGCGUCAAUCCCUUGUCUUUUCUUACUUGAAUGUUGAGGUCGCCUCUUUGGAUGGCAGUGACCACGAUGUGCAGGUCUACGCGGAUAUCUCUGCUGAAUGGGUGUCCGGAGAUCGCAGCUCCAUCGCUCAAUGGGACUAUGGUACCAAUGACGGCGUCGCCUACCACAAGGUGUACCGCCAGACUCAGGCGGCAUUCUCUCAGUGGAACGAGCAGGCUGAAUGGGGUUAUUGGUACUGGGCCACGGAUGACAAGAACGGCAUGACCUACCAGUCUGGAGGCGACACCGACGUGCGCGGACAAUUCCGCAACAAUGGUAAACUUGCCAACACUGGCGACACCAGAUUCCGAGCCAUCCAAGACAACUGGCCUGUGUUUGGCUUUGCUUCCGAACUUGGCAGCGUUAGCUCAGAACCCGCGAGCACUUUGUUCUCGAUUGGCCUGGCCCAAGACGACGCUAUCCAGUAUGAGGGCUCUGAAGCCUAUGGCCCUGUUCCGUCUCUCUGGAAGAGCUAUUUUGACACUGAUGUGGACGCUUUGACCUUCUUCCACCUGGAUUAUGAAAAGUCUAGCCACAUCUCCGGCUCUUUUGACGCCCAGGUUGCCCGGGAUUCUCUUGCCGUUGCUGGUCAGAACUACCUCACGCUUACCUCGCUCUCGGUCCGCCAGGCGUUUGGUGCAACCCAGCUGUGUGGUACAGAGGACCACAUGUACCUGUUCCUGAAGGAGAUCUCGUCCGACGGUAACAUGAACACAGUUGAUGUUGUUUUCCCUGCUUACCCGAUCUUCCUGUACUCCAACCCGGAGCUUUUGAAGCUGGUUCUUGAGCCGCUGUACGAGAACCAGGAAGCUGGCAAAUACCCCAACACUUAUGCCAUGCACGACAUGGGCUCGAGCUACCCCAAUGCCACCGGACACAAUGACGGAACUGAUGAGCCCAUGCCGCUGGAAGAAUGCGGCAACAUGCUCAUCAUGACUCUGGCCUACGCCAAGGCUGCCAAGGAUACUGACUACCUGAAAGAGCACUAUGAUCUUCUCAAGAAGUGGACCGGUUAUCUCGUUGAGGAUGCUCUGUACCCGGCGAAUCAAAUCUCCACCGACGACUUUGCAGGGUCUCUGGCCAAUCAAACCAACCUGGCCCUCAAGGGUAUGAUCGGAAUCCAGGCUAUGUCGGUCAUUGCGAGCAAGACUGGUCACCAGGACGAUGCUGCCAAAUUCACUAGCAUCGCUCAGGACUACAUCACCAAGUGGCAGGAUCUGGCUAUCAAUAAGGAUGUUAGCCCGUCGCACACUACUCUUUCAUACGGUGAUGAUAGCAGCCAUGGUAUUCUUUACAACCUCUUCGCCGAUGCUCAGUUGGGUCUUGGUCUGGUGCCAAACUCUGUCUACCAGAUGCAGAGUGACUUCUACCCGACUGUCGCCAACGAGUAUGGCGUUCCCCUCGACACUCGUCACACCUACACCAAGGGUGACUGGGAAUGCUUCGCCGCAGCCAUCGCCUCCGUCGACACGCGAGACAUGUUCCUCCAGCACCUGGCGACCUGGCUCGACAAGACCCCCACCAACCGCCCCCUGACCGAUCUCUACGACACCAUCACCGGAAACUACCCAUCGAGCCUGACCUUCGUCGCGCGCCCUGUCAUUGGAGGUGCCUUCGCGCCGCUCCUUGUGACCUCGUAA